AUGGAUGAAGCCGAACGACUUAACGUGCGAUCAACUCGAGCUCGAGCUCGUAAAAGAGAAAAGAUCUCCAAUGCCAAGGCUCGAUGCUCCGGUAGACACCCCUGUGAGAGAUGUAUCAGACGUAAAGAGACGUGUACCUUUGAAGAGAAAGAGAAAAAGGCUGCUGUUUCUGUGCAGUAUCUUGACCAAUUGCACGCUCGUAUCGAGUCACUUGAGGCUCAACUGCUAUCUUCUAAAGGCGCUGACGCUGAUACUGGGGCCCAUGUUGCUACACCCAGCCCAAGGGGACAAACUUCGCGUCUUGCGUCCAGCGUUGCAUCUCAAAGUCCUUUGGAUGAAGAUGGGAACGCACCGCUUGUAAACAUCCCGAACAGUCGGCCGGAGAGGCCAGAGUCAGAAACUCUCACAAAUACCCUGGUAACUUCGGAACCCCAAAUCAAAGUCCAUCGAUACGGCCAUGCAGCCUACCUUGGGCAUAGCUCAACACUCAGUUUUAGCCGCAAUGUCCGCAAUCUUCUACAACAACUGUCUCCUAACACAGAUCCGGGUAGCGUCUCUACAGAGAGGCAGGACAUCUCGUACAAAAGAACCCUGCCACCUAUAGCUUUGGAUUUGUCAACUAUUCCACUGCCUAAACUCCCAUACGCCGAGUACCUGACCAAUACUGUAUUAGUGCACAUGGGCUCUCUUUACUCUAUAUUCGACUCGGAAAUAUUUCUUCAAAGACUGAGAAGCUUUUAUGAUGAGCGUGAUAGAGGCCUGGUGGAUAAAGCGAGUCUCUGGCACAUUCAAAUGCUACUGGUGUUGGCAUUUGGCAAGUCGAUUCAGUCGAGAGAACAUUCCGAGAUGGGACCUUCUGGUAUGUCCUACUUUACAUGUGCUAUCGAGGCCAUGCCAGAUAUACGAAGACUCUAUGAGGAUCCUUUGCUAUCUAUCGAGAUAUUGUGUUUGGCGGCCUUGUUCAUGCACGCUGCUGAUCUUUUACAAGAAGCCUAUGUAACAAUAGGGCAGGCGUUACGGAUAUCUGUUACCAAAGUCUUAAACAAGCAGUUCCCAGAAGCAAUGAGAUCAACGAACUUCGAGUACCAAAGACGUCUUUGGUGGACAGUGUACUGCAUCGACAGGAAGUGCGCCGCUAUGCUGGGUAGUCCAUCGGUUAUGAGGGAAGAUGACGUCUCCAUUCCUUUCCCAGAGCUAAAUCCUGGGGACGAAUCGCAGAAUGCGUUCGCAAUCCAUGCCAUUCUGUCUUCACAUUUAGGCAAGAUCCUCGAUGUCAUUUAUGGUGUACAUGAGCAGCAGAAGAAUUUUCUCGUGGAGGUCAAAGCCAUUCUCUCACGGCUUGCUGAGACUUAUGUUGUCCUGCGUGAACAUCUACCCCUUGAUGUCCAGCAGCCAGGCCAGCCUCUCUCUCGCGAGUCUGCCACUUUGCAUCUUCUCAUGCAUCAGUGUGUCGUGUUGACCGUUCGGCCGGUUCUGUUCUCGCUUCUGAAUCCUUUAUUGGCUCCAGAUGUUUCAAAGACCAACACUCGCCUGUCAUCAUCUCCGUUCGAAUCAAUGUUGAAGAUGUGUAUUGAGUCUGCGGUGCAGAUUCUCAAAAUCAUGGCAAUUCUGAGACAGCAGAUGAUGUGCGACAUAUUUCUGCCAUACGACAUUGAUGCUCUAUUCUCAGCUGCUUUUGCAUUAAUUCUGAUUGACAUUCUUAGACCAGCAAACGAGUUGCUCUGGGACUUGCCGGAAGUGAUGAACUUGCUCGGCGAAUUUGUCUCUCGGCGCGUGGCCCCGGCACAGGCUUAUCGAUCUGACCUUGUUCAGAUUUUGGAACUGCACACCAAGAUCAGAGGUAACAAUAACAGCCAAAGUCUUGAUACCAGAAGCGUCUUCAACAUCAACCUUGUUCCAGGUUUGGCUGAGUACGCAAUUACCCAUCCAGGCCAAACAGGCAUAUCGCCAGAUCCAAUAUGGUCAAAUAUUCGUGACGGAAACGAAACCUUUGAUCCUGCUCAUCCUGGCGCGAUUUUGUCAGCGAUUGAUGAUCUAGACGUUGAAGGAGUCAACAUGUUGGAUACUGUCAUGCUUGACAACGGAUGGAUGUGGGAUUUAGAUGAUAUGCCAGUAAUACUAUAG